AUGAGUUACUUACUAAUGCACCCCGAUACGAAGGGUCACUGCAUUUGGAAGAUACUUACUUCCAAGCGCAUGCUGGCGGAUCACAUGGAGGUGCUUGAAAUAUGUCUCAAACUUGAUCAGGACAUCGGUACCGGCCAGAAACCGGUGCUGCCGCGCAAAGCUGUUUGUGCUGGAGCUCUUCUAACCCUAGCUGCGACCACUCGAUUCUCGCCUGCCUUUACAACAACACGCUGGCAGAUUGUAGUUUCGGCCACUAGCGCUUUACUGUUCGGUGUUGUCGCGACCGGGGAUUUCUUUCACCAUACAGCUCUGGCUAAAAUAACAAGUCUGAUCAAGUCGAUCGAAACGUACGACCACGCAAUGAAGAAGAUGCUGAUGUUCACGAAUGAAAUGAUCUUCGGCAAUCAACGUUUAUUUAUUCCGAUAUUAGGUGUAAGCGAGAAGCAAAUGCUUCAGAUGUGUACCGAAAACUGCAUCAAGGCCAUCUAUGACAUGUUUAACUAUGUCACAGUAUUAGAAAAGAAAACGGAGCUACGCGAGGAGUACAAACAACUAUAUGAGCCACUGGAGACGUUCGAAAACUGUGAUAUAUUUAAACAAGCAAUGCCCAAUCUUAGCAUGGCAAAGCAACUGUACAAUAUAUUUCUGUACAUGCAAUCUCAUUGCCUGAUGCGACUGUCGCUUGCAAUUGUGAGCGAUGCGAAGAUCGGUGAUAUAAAGGUAGAAACCAAUCGGCUCAUCAGUUGCCUCUCUAGUCACGCUGAUGAGCUGGGUAAGCAAAUGUUACUGACCGGUUUAUCACAAACAGUUGAUCUCGUGCUCGCUAAAAAUGUAAAGGAUUCCAGCUUGAAGCAGCUGUUGGCAGUAAAACAUCAAUCACUUGAACUGGUGGGUAAGCUGACGGCCAAUGUCCAGCUAAUGAUACUACUAGAUGAAAAUAUCCAAUACCUCGUCAACCCAGAAACGUGGCUCGGACGUUUGCAGCUUCGAUACGCAGCAAGCAAUCUAGCCACUGUUCAAUCUUAUUUCCUCACACGGAUAGAAGAAUGUGAACGUUUGCUGAUUAUGGUGAAAAAACUACUGAACCAAAACGAGAAUGCCAAGCAGAACGAACCAGAACCAGAGAAAGAGUCCGCUCAAGAAAGUGCGUUUGAAGAACCGCUUUCCGAAGCACAAAAUACAAGCUACGAACCGAAGGAUGAGUUUUUCGUAAACACCGGAGCUGAGGGCGAAGAAGAAGUGAAUGAUUCCGCCGCUGCGCUGCAAUCGGAGUAUGAACAAAUUUCAAAACGGUUGAUGAAGAAGCAAUUUCAACCUAUAUUGCAUCAGCUACGUGAACGACUCGUACCGGUGGAGAAGUCGUUUAAGGAGCGCGAACGAGUUGCGCUGGAAUUGAAGGGGAUUAAAUUUCCCGACGAGGAAGAAUCUCACGGUGGAUUGAAUGUGGCCAGCAAGCCGGAUACACUCGACUCAGGCGAAGAAUCGGACGUGGACGAAAUGGAGGCGAUAUCUAAGAGCAAAAACCAAAACAAGUACAAAGAUGAUCGUGAUUUUCUAGCUGGCAAGCAGCAGAUCUCUCUACUAGUCUCUCUUCCCAAGGGUGUGCAGAUGGAUGAAACCAUCCUAGAAUAACACACUCUUCCAAGUAGUAGAAGCAGCUGGAGGUUCGUCAAAUUUCAUUUGAUGAACAUGGUAUUUUUUUCAAAUUUUAU